CCGCAAAAGGUUUUGGUGUUGUUUUUGGUAUUGAAUGCGGGUUUCAGUGACUGCGAGACCAAAGCGGAGUCGAAACCCAAUUUCGUUGUACUCAUUGCCGACGACUUAGGCAUCGGAGACGUCAGCGCUUUCGGCAAUACAUCGCUUCUCACGCCAAACAUCGACCGCAUCGCCAGUGAAGGCGCUCUCCUGACCCAUCACUUGGCGGCCGCCUCUGUCUGUACCCCCAGUCGCAGCGCGUUCCUCACCGGCCGAUACCCGGUGCGCACCGGCAUGGCUUCGGCCGCUCGCAAUCGGGUGUUCCUAUUCGUGGCGGCGGCGGGAGGUCUGCCAUCCAAUGAGACUACGUUUGCCAAAACACUUCGCGCGCAUAAUUACGGAACGGCUCUCAUCGGGAAAUGGCAUUUGGGGAACGACUGCCAAGUGAAGGGCGACGCUUGCCAUCACCCGCUGAGCCACGGAUUCGACUACUUCUACGGCAUUCCUCUGACUAAUUUGAAGGACUUCGGCAACGAUGGCGAGUCUGUCGUCAAGUCCUACUUUCCGAACUUCAUGUCCUACUUGACCACAUUCGCCACAAUAGGUCUAUCGCUUGUGAUCAUCACAUUCACUAAGAAAUACCACAAACUAUCGUAUCUCACAUUCUUCUUGUUCUGUGCGCUACCACUGUCUGCGAUAGUCUUCCAGCAAAGCAUUAAAUUAAUGAAUUCUGUGCUCAUGAGGGGUACGCAAGUGAUUGAACAGCCCGUCCAGUUAGAGGGCAUCACUGAUAGACUGGUCAAUGAGGCCAAGGGUUUCAUAGAUAGCCAGACCGCACAAAACAAGCCUUUCCUAUUGGUUCUCAACUUUAUUAAAGUCCAUUCCGCCCACUUUCCAAACAAACAAUUCAAAGGCAAGAGUGGUAUUGGAAAGUAUGGCGACUGUGUCCUGGAAAUGGAUUACGGAAUCGGAAAAGUCCUGGACUUUUUGAGCGAUAAUAACCUCAAAGACAAUACAUUCGUGUACUUCAGUAGUGAUAAUGGCGGACACCUCGAGGAAGUGGGCGCCGACGGCAUAGCAGAGGGCGGUUCUAAUGGUAUCUAUAAAGGAGGCAAAGGUCACGGGGCUAUGGAGGGCGGCAUCCGAGUGCCCACAGCUGUCAUGUGGCCCAACAGAAUACCGGCCCAAUCGGUGAUCUCAGUGCCCACGAGUCAAAUGGAUAUCUUCUCGACAAUUCACGACAUUCUGAGAAUAGGUCCGCCAAAGGAUCGCAUAAUUGACGGCAAAAGUAUUUUGCCGUUACUUUUGAAGCCAAAGUCAACUCCCAGUCCCCAUCAGUUCCUAUACCACUAUUGCGGCACUUAUUUACACGGCGUUCGCUAUGUAGAGGACGCGGACAACGUCUGGAAACUGUAUUUCUAUAAACCAAAGUACAAACCGGGCGGUGAAUACAAGUGCCAAUUCAUGUGUAUGUGCUUCGAGGGGCACGUCGUUCACUACGACCCUCCCCUCCUCUACGACAUCGUCAGAGACCCGGAAGAAAAUCUUCCCAUUGAUAUCGCAUCUGAUCUAAAGUAUCAGCAAAUUGUAGAUAAGAUUGCGAAAGCAGUCGAUGAGCACAAGCGGUCUGUGGUGUCGGUUCCCUCUCAGUUCACAUUCACGAACACCAUAUGGAGGCCGUGGCUGCAGCCGUGCUGUCAGUACCCGACCUGUCAGUGCACUGAAAGCAAACAAAUCUAG